ACUAAGAUGACUGUGAAUGAUGUCUCUGCUCUAUCUCCACAGACUUCUUACAUCAGUGGUUCUUUCCAUCAAGGAGAUUACCGUUUUGGUCGGAAUAGGGGAAGUCAAUGUGGUGCAAACUGUUUAACUGCAAUUAUGAUGAGUAAGAUGAAAAAUGUUUUGCAGUGGACGAGAAGUGACCUGAAUGCUGUUCUGAUCCAUGGAGAUGACCUGUACAGUGCCAUGAGAGACGCAGGGAAAAUCAACGAUCCUGAAUCAGGCUUCAUAGCUGUUCAUGAGCUACCAGACACACACACACUUAAAGAUAGUCGGUUUUCAAUAAACUAUGGUGAAGCAUUGACUGGCUUGUUUGGUGUCAAUAAAUAUGAUGGAGAACUACAGGGGUAUGCGAUGUCAUUUGAUGAAGCAGUAAAUCGAGCAUUCCAGAGGUUUGAUACUGUUUUAGUGAAUAUUAAGCUAACCAUAUGUGCAGCUGUCAGAGAAGGUUCCUGGUAUGCAGUGAUUGAUCCACAUUCAAGACGAGGUGAUGGCAGAUGUGUAGCUGACGGUAAGAGUGUAGUGGUUUACCAUCGUAACUUGCACUCGCUGAUUGUUCAUUUCCGGAAACUUGCUGCGUCUAUAAAUGCACGUUACCAGGAGUUUGAGGUAACGGGGGUCAAAGCAGUUAUGACUGGCAGAAAACGGCCAUUCUGGCAAGUGAUCGAGAACGCUGGUCCAGCAGAAAAUGAGCGUGAAGGUGAGAAGUCGGACGUGGAAGUUGAUGUUGGGUGCAGUCGAUUUCUGAAUGAUUUCAUGGACAAAACAUCUGUGAAAGAAACGUGUGCACAACAGCGAACAAAAACGCAAUACUCAAGUAAUGAAAAUGCAGGUGAUGUUACAUUCCUUUCACAAACUGCUAAUGUUUCUGUACGGUUUAGUCCAUUAACAUUUGAGCAACAAAAGGGUGUUUGCUUAAAGUUAAACAUUGCAAACAUUGUAAAACAACAAAACGAUCCAACUGAGACUGUUGAAGUGGUUGAGCCUUGUGAAACGAACAAGACUGUUGCAGAUGGAAACUCUUUUUUUAGAGCAUUAGCCUUUGCUGUAAGUGGAUCAGAACGAGAACACCGAAAAGUGAGACGGGCUGUAGUUACACACAUUCUGCAGAAUGAAGAAAAGUACGUACAGUAUCUCAAACAAGGAUACAGCUCUGUACCAGACUACAUUGCCAAAACAAGAAUGAAAUUCGUUGGAAAUCUGGCAACAGAGAUGGAAAUACAAGCAGCCAGUGAUUUAAUUGGCACAGACAUAUUUACAUACAGUCGAGAGAAAUGGUUUAGAUUUUCAUCUUCAAAUGCUUCCUUUAAUGCACAUGGUUGUCAAGACGGUGGCAUAUAUUUGAAAUAUGAAAACAGCUGCCAUUAUGAAGUUGUUGUAUGUGGAAAGAGCAAGGAUGGUAACUGUGUAUUAUUUUGUAAAUCACCAUCUCAACAUUCACUGUCUGAUCUAGCAUCAAAUGUGUCUUUAAAGUCACUUGAGGAUUCUAGUGAGAAACUUGACUGCAGCAAUAGUACAGAGUUCAAAGAAGAAAAACAAAUGAAGGCAAAGAAAAGAUUACAUGAGGAUGAAGAAAAACAAAUGAAGGCAAAGAAAAGAUUACAUGAGGAUGAAACUUACAUUUCAAUUAUGAAAUCCAUCAAUAAAAAAUACAAGAAAAAUGAACAGCAUAAAGGAAAAGUGAAGAAAAGUGUGAACAAAUACAAAUUAAAUGAUUUACACUGCAAAGCUGUGUCAGAAAUGGAAGCGGAUGUUGACUGCAGUCAAUCUUUGACUUGUGUCACAAACACAGAUAAGAUAUCUGGGAAUGAAACGUGUGUAGAACAGAAAACAGAAACGCCUUUAUACCCAACAAAAGAAAAUUCAAGUGAUGUUGAAUUUGUUUCAGAAACUGUAAUGUUUCUUUACAGUUUAGUCCAUUGA